AUGGCCACGGCGCGCCUCCCAACCCUGCGUAACGUGCUGGGUCUGGGACGCAGCAGCAGCACCCUCAGCACCCUCAACCUCCACAACGCCCAGCUGCCCCGCGCCGUCCUGCCCUACACGUCGCGACUGCAGCGGCGCUGGGCACAGGUUCACGACGUGCGGUUCCUCGCCACGACGCAGGCCGCCCAGCGCAGCGUCACCGAGAAGUACCGCGAGAAGCUCGACCGCAAGGCGCGCGAGCAGGGGCUCGGCGGCGACAUCGACCGCCUGAAGGAAGCCUACGCCGACCGCAUCCAGGACCUGAAGAAGCGCGACAGCGUCUCCGUGCCCGGGCUCGACGCCCUGCUCGCCGACGCGGAGCCGAGCCCCCUGCCGCACACGGCGGCGCCGAGCGCGGACGGGCUGAGCCAAAGGCCGCCGCCUGUGCCCUCGACGCCAGGGUUAGGAUCCCAAACACAGACACCGACGCAAGCAGCAGCAGGCGCAGUCCGCGACAGCACGACCGCCACGAAACCGCCCAUAAAGCCGCUCUCGGCCAUCCUCGACCUCCCCAAGGCGCGCGCGCUGCCGCUGCCGGAGCUCUCGGCCGUGUGGCGGCUGCGGCACGCUGCGUCGGCCAACUCGCUGUGCGCCGUGGUGCCUGCGGCGACGCAUGAGGCCCUCGAGGAUACGGCGCGGAGGCACCCAGCGUUCGUGCUGCCCGUGCCGCGCGACGGCCAAGGCGCCGAGAUUCAUUUUUUGCAGUGGGUGUUCGACAAGGCCUCGCGCACCAGCACCGUGCUGUUCACGCAGCUCGCCGAGUACAAGGCCCGCGGGGAGUGGGCGCAGCCGCACACGAGCAUUACGCACUACUGGGAUCACGGGACGGAGGUGGAAGGGGUGGGGUUGUCGGAUGAGCGCGGGGUGCAAGGGGGCGUGGUUCUCAUGGCGGGCAGUGUGGUCGAUGGGCGCGGCGCCAGCGUCCAGGAUGCGCAGUGGCUGGUCAUGCUGAUGCAGCGGUUCUACGGCGAGGAGGGCAAGGGCGGCGAGGGGUAUGGCGCGAAGAGGAGGUUGUUGGAGGAGUUUGGACGUGGGGAUGGGAAGUUUAGUGUUGAGAGGCUGCUGGAGGAGAGUGAGCGGCUGGCUUGA